ACCAAGGCAACGGCGUCGGGGACAACGCUAUGCCCGACCUGGAGAUGGGCCAAUCCACCUUGGAGAUCGAUCAAUCCACCAUAAUCAACAUACUGCACUCCAUGCUACCCUCUGCUUCGCCACCAGCGGUGCCACAGCUGGGGCGCACGCUGUGGUGGCUGGGCUCCCUCACCCUUGUCCUGGCCCUCACCACCGUGCUCCACCUGCCAGCCGCCGGACCUGUCUUCGCCCAAUACAAGGCAGCAUACUAUACCAUCCUUGCAUUUGUUCUCUUUGUCGCAGUGCCGGUGGAGCUGGCCACCGCCUUCUUCCUGCCCAGCCACAGCCGUGAUGGCCGCCUCCGCGUCUUCGCCUGGAAUGCUAUUCUUGGAAGCUAGUCUUGUAGCAUCUCUACUUCAAGGAAAUGAAGCCAGCGAUUAUGAUGUCCUUAGCGAUUUGUUAUCUCUGCAGCUGUAGCCACUAGCCAGUGCUGAUGUAUUGCUCAAGAAUCGGUUUUGGGUUGCUCCAAGGAAAAAAUAGUGGUCACUGAGGAUGACAUGGAAGGAGGAAUAAAUUUGAUUGUCCGGCAAGUCACUGAAUGGUACCCAAGACUAAUUGCAGGGGUCAGCUUUUGUCACUAAGCACCACAUGUUACAUUCUAAGUGAACCGCAUUCCUCUAUCAAGUUACAGGGUGUCUCACGGAGUACCGAGAGCAAGACGCGCUCUGCAUUCUUUUUUCGGGAUGUUGUGCUCUGCAUUCUUCCUUACGGCACAAUUUCCAUGUGGUCUGUAUCGACGUUUUGCUGAAGCAGCGCUCACCGUGUCUGAUCGGUUUCCCACGGUGCGGCUUCUCCCACGGCACUGUGCAGAUCCUGCCGUCGCUGGAUGAGAUGCUCGUCAACGAGGCGCUCCACCAGGGGCUCAAGAUAUAUUCCAGCUGGCCCAUCUUCCCGAAGUUCUACAUUGACGGUGAGCUCUUUGGCGGACAAUUGCAAUGUGUGACGUCACUAUCGGUAUGUAUAUAUUUUUUGAGGAAUUAUCGGUAUGUAUAUAUGUUCUCUGCCUUUCCUUCUCCAAAUGUUACGGUUUAAUGUUGAAGAGUUUUUGCUAUCCUACAUGCAGUGUGAAUUGUUUUGUGAGAGAUCUGUUCUGUCUAGCAUCAGGUAUAGGAAUAUGCUGUAUUCAUUAAUCUGUCAUGUUCUGAAUUUCUGAGGGCAAUGGAACAUGUAACUGUUACAGGCAUAAGAUUUUAUCAGGUAGAUGACAAGAUACACUGGUGCUGCUUGUGGCUUAAUGGGUAUGUGGCAGUGUCAAUGUGUCGAAGCUGCAUUAGGUAAAUUAAUUCAGAACUUCACAUUCAAGAGAUAAACUGGGAGUGGGGUGCAGUCAGAGUCAGGCACUCUGUUGCCUUCCGCUUUCCUUUGUCGAAGGCAAUUUUCUUUCUCUCUUUUUUGGAAUAAAAACUGGACAUAUCGUUUGAGAAACUAUGAUAGACUAUUAGUAAGGUGUUGAUUGAAAGAAUUCUGAAAAGAACCUAAAAGCAUGAAUUGAU